AUGAAGGACGACACUCUCUCAUUCAAAGAAAAGUACCUGAGACUACGCGAACGCUUCGACAGGGUCUCAACGACCCAACGCCAAUACACCAAUGACCUUCAGGCAGCACGACUCAAGACCAGGAAACUCCGAGAAGAAAACAAUCAUCUCUUGGACCUGUUGAGCGAGAUACAGCAGAUGACAGGAUCAGGGCCCUCGAGUGACAGUGACACGAGCAUGGAGGAUUUGAGCGAUUUGGACGAUGACGAGGACGAGGAAAUGAACGAGGAGGGGCUCAGCGGUGAGAAGCAUCAUCAUCACAACAACCAUCACAGUCAAUUCCGUGGACGUACGUACAGGAAGACGACCGACAGCAGUCGCAAAGGUAACCACGCCAGCAAAACUCAGUCCAUCGGGCGUUAA